AGCGAUGUUCAACUCGUUCUUUGCAAUUUGAUAACAAAUCAGUGAUAAGAUUGCCUCACGUUAUCAUCAGGAGAAUGUCACGAGCGUUAAAACAUAACUACUGAUAAACUAGUAGUAUUGCGCUCAGUUUGACCUUGUUUAAUAAAAGUCAUUGUACAGGCAUUUGUUUUUAUUAAUGAAAUGUCAAGCGCCGCAGUUGUACUUCCCGAGCGGAAUGACGUGAGCGCCGCCAGCGCCGCCGCGACAGGAAGGCGAACUAACCGCAGUAACCAGAAAUUCGUCGGGGAGUGCGCGUUUCGGUAGACAUCGCCGCGUUUGUCUACAAUGGCUAGCAACAUAAAGCCGCUGCACAAGACGAAACACUUCCCGAUAGACCAGCUAGUAUGCGUCGGCAACUACGAGCUGGAAAAGACGAUCGGAACGGGCAACUUCGCAGUCGUAAAGCUAGCUACACAUGUUAUUACUAAGAGUAAGGUAGCAAUUAAAAUAAUAGACAAAUCGCGGCUUGACGAAGACAACCUCAAGAAGACGUUCCGAGAAAUCGCCAUCAUGAAGCGGCUGCGGCACCCGCACAUCGUCAGGUUGUACCAGGUGAUGGAGAGCAGUCACACUUUGUAUCUAGUCACAGAAUACGCGCCCAACGGGGAAAUAUUUGACCACCUGGUGUCGGCGGGCAGGAUGCCGGAGGCGGAGGCGGCGCGCGCCUUCGCGCAGAUGGUGGCCGCCGUGGGCUACUGCCACGCGAGCGGCGUCGUGCACAGGGACCUCAAGGCGGAGAACUUACUGCUGGACAAGAACAUGAACAUUAAGCUGGCAGACUUCGGGUUCAGCAAUGAGUACACAGCAGGCUCCCCCCUGUCCACGUGGUGCGGCAGUCCGCCGUACGCGGCCCCAGAACUGUUCGAGGGACGACAGUACGACGGACCCAAGGCUGACAUAUGGUCGCUCGGCGUAGUGCUGUACGUGCUGGUGUGCGGCGCGCUGCCCUUCGACGGCUCCACCCUCAGCGAGCUGCGCUCCACCGUGCUCGGUGGCAAGUUCCGGAUACCGUACUUCAUGUCGCAAGAGUGCGAGCAGCUGAUCCGACACAUGCUGGUGGUGGAGCCCGAGCGGCGCCUGACGCUGCGCGGCGUGGCGCGCCACCGCUGGCUGGCGGCGCACCAGCCGGGGCCGGGCCCGGGGCGCGACGCGGCGGCCGGCGCCUGCGCCUGCCACCCCGCCGAGCCCGCGGACGGCGCGGCCGACGGUGCGCGCCACGACGCCGUGCUGGCGCGCAUGGUGACGCUGCCCGGCCUCACGCACCACCACAUACAGCAGUCGGUGCAGGAGGAGCGGUUCGACCACGUGGCGGCCAUCUACCACCUGCUGAUGGACAAGCUGCAGCUGAAGGACGAGAGCGCAGAGAUGGACAGAGAUUCACUAGAUUCCACAACGGGGCGACCCCUUGAUCUCACUAGUUGUAAGAGCAGUGAAGAGGAGCAGAUGGAGGCGGAGGACAGUUGCGAAGGGCUGCAGGUGGCGGGCUACCUCACCGGAGUACACUCGGCUGAUAGUUUCGAAAAGUUCGGCGAGUCGGCGCCUCUGUGCGAGGAGGCCCCCGCGCUGAGCGCCGCGUCGCCGCCGUCGCCGCACGCCACGCGCCGCCACACCGUCGGCCCCGGCGACUGCAGGCAUGCACAGCAGCAGGUCGGCGCGAACGGGCAAGGCGUGAGCAGCGCGCAGGCGGAGGUGUCGCUGCUGCCCAACACCAACCUCGCCGCCAAGCUGCCCGCCGUGCAGCACCAGCCGCCGCGCUACUGCAGCGUGAAGCACCACCUGCUGAAGCCGCCCGUCGUCAUGCAGGCGCAAGGCUCGUCGUUCGGUCGGCGCGCGUCGGACGGCGGCGCGCACGUGCGUCGCUCCGAGCCCGCGUGCUGCGGCUCCGCACCCACGCAUCACGUGUCGGACAGCGGCACGCCGACGCGCGCGGAGCAGGCGGAGCAAACGGAGGAGCAGGCCAACGACCCCGCCUACAACACCAACCUGUGCAGAUACAUGUUGAACCGAGGCAGCAGCAAACGGCACACCAUGGCGACGCCCGAGGACGCGGCGAGCGUGUCGUCCGUCUGCGCGCCCACCACCAUGGCCAGCAGUUCGCCGUCGUCAUCGGCGAACCUGCGCGUGCGCAGGACCGGCCUGCUCACCGUCACCGAGCGACCGCCAGUCAUUAGCCCCGAACUCGUCAUGGAGGUGGAGGCGCGCAUGAAGCGCAACUACCUCCCGCCGUCCUUCGGGGGCUACCCCUACCCCGCCGGGUACCACAGCCCCCCGCCCGCGCAGCCGCCGCCCAGCCAGGGCUCCAUAACCGCCGGCACCCCCAACUAUGCCAAAAACUGCAUGAAACCCGUCCUGGAGACCAUACCUCAAGGGAGCAUCAUGGGUUCCGCGUCUCAAGCGGUGUCCCCGUACACGCCCGCCAUGUCCCAGUACUCGCCCACGCAUGGGACCGUGGCGUCCCAGUCCGGCUCCAUCGUCAGCGGCACACCGAUCUCCAAUCAAGGCUCAGCCGGAACCAACUCCCCCAAUCAGAGCUUCUCUUCUAGCGCCAACACACAAAACCCUGGCACCCCUAACCAGAACUAUCAGCUCCAAGGCUCUAUAAUGACCGGAACUCCGAUACAGAACCAAUCGAUGAUGUCAAAUAAUACACAAAAUCAAGGAUCAAUCAUGUCCGGGACCCCCAUGCAAAAUCAAGGAUCGAUCUUAUCUGGAACUCCAAUUCAAAAUCCAGGGUCAAUUUUGACCGGAACCUCCGUACAAAACCAAGGAUCUCAAAAUCAGGGAUCGAUUCUAACCGGUACUCCCAUCCAAAGCCAGGGUUCGAUUAUGACCGGGAGCUCGGCACAAAAUCAAAAUUUCAGUCCCAAUGCGGGGUCAAUAAUUUCUGGAACGCCCAUGUCUUCCCAAGGCUCGAUCGUUUCGGGUACUCCUAUGAGCGUAGACCCUAACAACUUCACCAAUUUCGGAGUAUACAACCCGGGGUACCCGAGUCAGGGCAGCGUGGCCAGCGGGUCGAUCACUGCGGGCACGCCGGUGGCCGGCGGCCAGUACGCCCGCCAGCGCAAGUACUCGGGCCCGCAGCGGGUCAAGCUGCAAAUGUUGGCCACUGUACAGGAAAUGGCGCGCGAGCACGUAGAGCGCUACUCGCCGGUGCGGCGCGCGGAGCUGAGUCCGCCGCGCGCCGCGCACGACCUGGCCUCCGCGCGCCUCGAGUACCAGCAGCUGCAGCGUGGACUGGAGCGACGCGGCGCCGCGGCGGCGGGCGGCGCGUCCCCGCCGCACCCCGCGCACACGCCCGCCGCCUCCGUGCCAGGGUCCCCGAUACACGCCGCGCCUGCGCUCGAGCUCGGCGCUGCGCCCGACCCCGCUGCACAGGACCUGUCUCUGAAACUAGGCAUCAACCUGAACACGUUGUACAGCUCCCACCUCUCCCAGGAAGUGCUCAAAUCCAUUCACUCGUACGGCAGCUUCGGGCUCCUGUCCGGCCACGCGUCGCCCGCCAGCCCCGGCUCGCCGCUGCACCAGAUCACCGAGGGCCUCAGCUACCUGCACACCGGCUCCAUCACCCGCGGCACCCCGCAGCCCACCGCCACCGCGCUCGACCUGCGGAGCAACGUGGACAUGGACACCGCCUACCCGCAGCUGCACCCCAUGGUGCACCCGCAGCUGCACGCCGUGGCGCAUCGCUCGCUCAACAACUCCCCCAUCUCCAACCCCGGCUCCCCGCUCGACAUGAUCCAGGAGGAGAUCGGCAACGGCUCCCACAACGGCGAAACCAAAUUCCCCGACCGGACGUUCCCCCUCCCGACGACCUACCCCUCCACACAUCCGCAGAUCAGUCUGACAGAUUGUCUGGGCUCUGAAAUCACCCUAGUCGCGUCCUCCUCUGAGGACAGCGUCGACAGCUUAGAGAACUCCAAAUAUCCUCUGCCCCAGUUCGUGAUAUCGGAACCCUCGGAUCUGGACGACCGACCCUCCAUCACCAAAGGGAUCGGAAGGAAAGUGAGCCAAGAAACGGAGCACGUGGAGCACAAACACGUGGAGCUAGUAGAUAAGGACACAGAGAUGCCCUCGCCCAAAGAGAGCAUCGAUGAGACCAGCAAAUACUUAUCCGAGGAGUUAGCGAGGCGAGGCAGCGACAAGUCGCUCGGGUUCAGCGACGACUCGCUGAGCAACGACUCGGCCAACGUGUCGCCCAACUGUGAACAAAACAUACAGUCGAUUUACUCCAACAUCGUAUCGGCCAGCUCCGGGUUCAGUGAAAACAGAGGGAGCUUUUCGGAACACAGAGAAUCGUUUUCCUUUUCGGAUCGCGGAAGCUUCUCCGAAAGAGGGGACUUCGGGAGGUCGUCGUUUUCGGAAAGGAGCGACUUCGGGAGGAGCAGCUUCUCCGACAAAGGGGAGACGCCGCGCUCGUCCUUCUCGGCGCAGGGCGUGCUCGGCGAAGUCAAGGAGUACUACGAGGACGUGUACAUGCCGCGCGACAAGCUGGAGCCCUGCGGCGAGGAGAGCCGCGACAUCGACCAGCUGCAGAGGUCCACCAUGGACUUGAGGCUGACGGAGAUCUGCAGGCCCGAAGAGCGAAAGAUUCCGAUCCUGCUGAGCCCUCAGAAAGUUUCCUGCGUCCAAGAGUACUACGAGGUCGCGCUGUCCACCGUCUGCUCGCAGCUGGACUCUCACAGGAUAGUGGAACUGUUGAAGGAAACUAUCAACACGAGGGUUCCGCCGCAGAACAUCUUCGUGGAGACCGGGGACCAGAUAGGAAAACACGACGACUCCGAGGCGUUGACAGGGUUCCUCAAUCUGGAAUACUCCGGAGGGAUCCAGAUAGAGCUGGUGGUGUGUGAGAACAAGGCGAAGGAGAAGAAGGGCUUGAAGAUGCGGCGGAUAUCCGGCGACCAGCGAGAAUACGGCAAGCUGUGCCAGCAGCUCAUCACCAGCCUCACGGUGUAGCGCGGGGGGGGGGGGGGAGGGGGGAGGGGGGGGGGAUACGACUGCUUUUAAAAAGUAGUCCGUCACGAAUGGAGUUUAGUAUUUCCAUGAAAUAAAUAAAAGAAUGGAAUGUACUCGUACCUUUGAAAAAUUUGAACACCCUUUCAAUAUUUAGUUACCCUUUUGAAGAACAUUUUAUCAUUCGCAAUUACUUUAAAAGGUAAAGAUUGAUAUAAAUUUUUCAAAGGUAGCGAAUUCAUUCGAAAGCAUUUAUGUACCUAAAGUUGUGUGUUCCGAAUUCCAUUCCUGAUUGUAACGAGAUAUAAUUCAGUUUUGAAUUGUCUUUUGUGUGAUAGAAAAUGAUUUCGUGUACAAAGAUACAUCUGUUUAGUUAGCAUAAAGUCUCGAUCUAUUGCUGAGCUUACGUUCCACCGUACGGUCGGUGGUAGAUCGGAGUUAGUUAUAUACUUGUAUAUAGUACGAACGCUUUAUAUUUUGUAAAUUAGAAAGUUCCAUAUUUUUGUCAGUUAUAAAUAUUGCAAUAUCCGACACCAGAUAGAUAGUGAUUAUCGAAUGAGAAGAAAUAGGUGUUAAUUUAUAUUUUUCGUCGUACUUAGGUCCUCGUAGAUGUAAAGCAUUCCGCCAUAUUGGCCGUGCCGUGUUGGAGGGAAACUUGUGUGAUGGAGACUGCUGCGAUGCUGUAUCCACGGAGAGAAGUUAAUAUAGACCUCUCUCUGUUAUCUAAUCUUAUACAAAUGACAGAGACAAGAAACUCAGUGGGCGUUAACUAUUUUGAGUGACCAACCAAUCAUUUAUUCAUUGUUGUUGAUGUAAGCAAUGUAAUAUAAAUCCAUAUAUCAUAAACAAACAUAAGUUAUUAAAUUAAAUUUCGAAUGUUUUUGAAAACAGAUUUUCUAGUAGAGUAGGACGGACAACAUGGGUUCGUUUGUUGGAUCGGUUGGUCACUCAAAAUGGUUAACACCCACUGACUUUUUUGUCUUUGUCAUUGGUAUCGGAUUACGUAACAGAGAAAGCCCUUUACUAUCUUCUCUCCGUGGACAGAGUAUGCGAGCCGUUAGCGAUAGAAAAGAAGACAUUUUUGACUUCGAGUUGUUACAUAUUUGUAUAUUAUGUCGAUAUAAAAAUCUAUAAUGAAUUUAUUUAUUCCAAAAUAUUGUUUUAACCUUAAUAUUCCAUUUUAGGGGUAAUUUAAUAUAAAUCGUGUAAAUAUUUUUAAUUUUAAGUUCUGACUAGAUUACAUAUUAAAUCGGACGAAUUAAGUCAAUACAGAACGCGCAAUACCUAAUAUUUGCUGACAAUGUCGACUGUUGAGGUGUUUGGUGUUGUUACGACUCUCAAAUGUUGUAUAGAGGAAUGUGAAAUGUGUACCAAACUCCAUAUCAUAACAAACCCAAGCAAAUUGUUGAAUACAUUAUCUAACAUCCUUUGUAAGGUCCGGUCUCCACCUGAGCGAAGCGAGAGGUGUGUACAGUCAACCAAUCAGAUUUUUAAAAGAUGACGUGAUUAUUUUUUCACGUUAUCUAUUAUGAAUCUGAUUGGUCGAUAACUCAUAUCCGCUCCGAUAAAGGUGGAGACCGGAUCAAUGUAGCGAGUGAUUUUGGUUUGUCAGUUUGGUACGCAGCACGCUCGUAUGUAGGGUAGAACUUUUGCCAUAAGUGUAGUUAGAGCCAUGUUAUUGAUGAUUGAAAUAUCUUGUAAAUAAUAUUUUAAUAAACAAUUCCGAUUCCAUAAUGUUA